AUGACAUCUUACCGUUGUCAACCAUUUCCAGAAACAGACUCAGUGAGUGUUUCUUUUCUUCUCCUCAAGUUAAAAGUUACUGACACCGUGAAGCGAAAGAUCUUAGUUUUAGAUCUCGACGAGACGUUGAUCCACUCGCAUCACGAUGGAGUUCUCAGACCUACAGUGCGGCCUGGGACACCGCCAGACUUCAUCCUCAAAGUGGUAAUAGACAAACACCCGGUCAGAUUCUUUGUACAUAAAAGGCCGCAUGUGGACUUCUUCCUGGAGGUGGUCAGUCAGUGGUAUGAGUUAGUAGUGUUCACUGCUAGUAUGGAGAUCUAUGGUUCUGCAGUAGCUGAUAAGCUGGAUAACAACAAGGGAUUCCUAAAAAGAAGAUACUACAGACAGAUAAUCCAGUAUCAAACAGUGCGCUAUGACAUCUUACCGUUGUCAACCAUUUCCAGAAACAGACUCAACACCGUGAAGCGAAAGAUCUUAGUUUUAGAUCUCGACGAGACGUUGAUCCACUCGCAUCACGAUGGAGUUCUCAGACCUACAGUGCGGCCUGGGACACCGCCAGACUUCAUCCUCAAAGUGGUAAUAGACAAACACCCGGUCAGAUUCUUUGUACAUAAAAGGCCGCAUGUGGACUUCUUCCUGGAGGUGGUCAGUCAGUGGUAUGAGUUAGUAGUGUUCACUGCUAGUAUGGAGAUCUAUGGUUCUGCAGUAGCUGAUAAGCUGGAUAGCAACAAGGGAUUCCUAAAAAGAAGAUACUACAGACAGCACUGUACGCUGGAUUCAGGUAGUUAUAUUAAAGACCUGUCUGUUGUACAUGACGACUUAUCAAGUAUAGUCAUUCUUGACAACUCGCCGGGAGCAUAUCGCAGUCAUCCAGAUAAUGCAAUACCUAUAAAGUCAUGGUUUAGUGACCCCAGUGACACCGCACUUCUUAACCUGCUGCCCAUGCUGGAUGCACUACGAUUCACGGCAGAUGUACGAUCCGUCCUGAGCAGAAAUCUCCACCAGCAUCGACUCUGGUGAUCAUCCGACCAAGGGCUUUCUUCAAGUCCGCUCUUCUUUUUUUGCUUUUUGUUUUUUUCCAACUGCUUCCCUCUGCCUGUCCUGCUUCCACUCGUCGCCUCCCGGAAACGGCCUUACGUGAGGGCCAUCGGGAGGAGAGUGUCCUGAACUCAAAGGGGAUGGAAAAGGCAAACUUUAGGAUGUUUCGGGAAGCUUUUUUUUUUUUUAUCCCUACGUUUUUUUUGUCCCUUCAAAAUGGAGCCUCUGCCUUACAGCUCUACCUAUGCUGGUCGUGUGUAUGAGUUAUGUUUGUGGUAUGCGUGUACGAGGACAUCUGCUGUUUUUCUUUUUAAAUAUUUGAGGCAAGAAAAAAGACUUGUGUCUUUUCGAUCCCAGCUUGGGACGUCAUACCUCACUUCUAAAGGUGGUGCGAAUGGAGAUCUGCUCAGAACUGGCCAGCAGCACUCUGCACAUCCAAUAGAGUUCACUGGAAAACUUGUUGACACGGAUUAUGACAGACUUUCAGGGUUAUCAUGGUAGAGUUAUAUAUGCUAUAAUUGAGGUACUGUCUCUGAAGACAUGGGGUUUUAAUGACUUCUGUAUGGUAGGCCUGUUCAAAUUCGGAUCAUGAAGAUAAAUUCUGCAGCAGAUUCUUAAGUUUUUUUAGCAGUAAAUGAAUUGGUCAUGAUUAUCAGGGAGGAUGUAAUAGAAUACGAGCUUUGAAGAAGCUGAACGACAGAUUUUAAGCCUUUCUGCGCUAAUUGUUCUCUACAGAAUGUAUGUGGUUGGUUAUGAAAUCCUACCACUUGGAUGCCUUUUUACAAAUGUGUUUUUGUUUGUUUUUUCCUGAAAAUGUAAUAAUGG